ACAGCGUCACAAUCGAAUCAAUGCCAUAAACGAACGCAAACGAGGCACGUGGUGGAGGCAUGGGAUGGUUUGGGAGCUAACUCACACUCUAAACCAAAAACACAACGCGCCACUCUUAUCAACCGUCUCCUACAAGAUUCCCAAAUCCUAUGGACCUCACCGGCGCAAUUUAGCAACGCCACACCACAAGCAUCGUUCCGAUACGACGCCGUAACCGUAAAUUUCUUUGAAUUCAACACGAUUCCAUUCUUGCGUUCUGUUCCCAUACCUAGAUCCAUUCUUGAUGGAGAAGAUGCAGUAUGCGGAGGAGUUGGUGAGGGAGUUUCUGGUGUUUCGAGGUUUUACCAACACUCUCGAAGCUUACGAAGCCGAAUUGCGCACCGAUAUCGGUAAAGGAUUCGAGGUUGAGAAGAUUCUUGACCUAAUCUUCUCCCUCUACGUUCCAAAGUUUCAGGCUGAUAAGUUGGUUGCUCUGCUCGGUUUCUUCAAACGCUACCUCUCUUCUUCCGAAACGCCACUCGUUUCCACUCUCUCUAAGUUGGAGACUUCUCUUCUACGCUUCUACGUCGUUCACGCCUUGCAAUGCAACCGUAUCGACAAAGUUGUCGAGUUUUUCGCACUCAGUGGCACCGACUUGUUGCAGAGGUCUCAAGAUUGGUCUCACUGGUUUGCGAUUCCUUAUAUCAAGAAUCCGCAUUUGGAUCCAGAUUUUCGAAUCUUUUUCUCCAAAGAGUGGUACCAGGCCUUGCAUCUUUCUGCUAGAAACUUCUUUAGUGAGGUCUUCAAUGGUACUCGCCUACCUGCUCUACUGAAGAUCAGUUCAGAGAUAAAUGCUACCAACCUUCUCAAAAGAGAUAUUGUACAUUUAAAUCUUAAAUUGUCACAACUUCAGGCUUUACUUGAUGAGAAAGAAGCACAGCUAUCCCAGUUUAGAAGCAUGGAAGGAAGUAUUAAUUUGGCAAGCAAUCUGCAUGAAGGAAGUACUCACGUGUCGAAAGAUCCUUCAGAGGUUUUUCCAACUGUUAUUCCACGAGUAGGUCAAACAGAUAUUAGCCAAGAUUCAGUUGUGGGUGCUCCUGGAAAUAUUCAUUCUGAUUUCAUCAGCUCUAGGUCUGGUGAUCAUUCAACUUCCCUAUCGAGUGAUCAUCUGAGAAAUGGUGGAGCUGGCAAUACCACUCUAAAAGAAAAUGACGGGGAAGAAGAUUUUGCUGAAGUCAAAGUGGAGCACCAAGAGACAUUUUUGGGGCACACCAGUUCAAUCAGUCGAUGCCGCUUCUCUGCAUCUGGAAACAAUAUUGCCAGUGCUUCUAUGGAUGGAACUGUCAGGAUAUGGACAUAUGAUACAUCAACUCCGGUGUCCAGAAAUGCAACCAUAUAUUGUGGUUCUGAAGUUUUGUCGCUUGACUGGGAAUGUAAAUCAGACCGCUUGCUUCUAAUAGGUACAGCUGAUGGGUGCAUUAAGGCAUGGAAUGUGGACGCAAAGAGAGUUGUGUGUGACCUCAACACAACUGAAGCAUUUCCUAGUGUUUUGGACAUAAAGUGCAGUCCCGUGGAACCUAUUUUUGUGUCUGCUGCAGCAUCUGGAGGGGCUGGUUCCAACUAUUGUGACAACCUGGGUUUUGCUUCACUAACUGUGUGGAACAUGAAGCUGUGGAAAGCCAUGACAGUCCUUCCUCUUGGAGAAGAUCCGCCAGCGAUAACUUCUCUAUGCUUUAAUCAUAAUGGAAAGAUUUUAGCAGCUUCUGCUGUUGAUGGAAUGAUUCACAUGUUUGACAUGUCUUCUGGUUUACAAAUCACUGGCUGGCCUGCACAUGAUUCAUCUAUCAGCUCUAUUCUUUUUGGGCCAGAUGAGACUAGCAUUUUUAGCCUGGGCUCUGAUGGGAAGAUUUUUGAGUGGAGUUUGCAGAAUCAAGGUCAAAUCCUGUGGUCAAGAGACUGCAGUAGGUUCUGUUAUCCCUUCAAUGGUUCAAAAUGUAGCAGACAUGAGAUGGCAUUAGAUGCAAAUGGGAGGAGACUGUUGGUAACGUCCAGUUCGGUUAGAGCACCAAUAUAUCAGGUUCAAGGUCAUUUGAGUGGUUGGAGAACCCUUCCUCACGGUGCUCACAUUACUACUGUGGAUUGGCAUCCAACCUUGCCCAUUUUCUUGACUGGAUCAGCUGAUAACUCUGUCCGCGUAACAUCUUUAUCAUAGCACCGCAUUCUAUUUUGGAGUUUUUCAUUAUCUCCUUGGCGAGAAGUGAGAACUUAAAUAGGUUCUAUUGGAUCUUUAUGUUGUAAUAUAUAAUGGCAUUGCCGAAAUCUGAGUUUAUUAGAAGAAAAAGAAAGGCAAGUCAGCAACUGAUGUUAUGCAGUUAGUAUAAAUAUUAAAAUUUGUUAAUUCAAUGU